UUUUUUUUUUUUUGUCGCCAUCUCAUCUCUAUUCUUUUUUAGUAUUUGAAUAUUAUCCCCACCCUGCCAGGAAUGUCCUACUAUCCCCCUUACUCGGGCCCUCCCGGCUAUCCCCCGCAGCAACAAUAUCAAUAUCCGCCGUCCAACUACGGCCCUCCUCCGCAGUAAGGCUAUUUACGAUCUGUCAUGCUUAUAUCGCGGCUACUUGCCAUAUCGCUUGCUUCAAGAUCACUUGAACUAACUUGAUAUAGGCACAUGCACCAUCAGCAACAGCCUUCCUAUGGCGGCGGCUAUCCCGGCCAAGCCUACCGUCAGCAACCACCUAGCAACCCAUACCCAUAUGGCCAACCAUCACCUCAGCAGUACGGUUCGCAUCACAAUGGCUAUAACAGCUCCCCGCAAAAUUACGGCCCUCCCAGCGGAGGUUCCAUGUAUCAAGGACAACAGGGUGGCCAAAACGCCUACCAGAACCCCUACAACCAAGGCAGCCAUGGUGGCCCAGCCCGUCCGCCCAGCGACCCCGUCGCCUUCGGCCACGGCGCUCCCCAGGGUUACAACUUCCAGUACUCACGAUGCACCGGCAAGAGAAAAGCUUUGCUGAUUGGUAUAAACUACUUCAACCAAAAGGGUCAGCUGCGCGGAUGUAUCAAUGAUGUUAAGAACAUGUCAACAUAUUUGAAUCAAAACUUUGGCUACGCUCGUGAGGAUAUGGUUCUUCUGACGGACGAUCAACAGAACCCAAUGAGUCAACCAACCAAGGUCAAUAUACUGCGUGCUAUGCAUUGGCUAGUCAAGGACGCUCAGCCCAAUGAUUCCCUCUUUUUCCAUUACUCUGGUCAUGGUGGACAAACACCCGACUUGGAUGGCGAUGAAGAUGAUGGAUACGAUGAAGUUAUUUACCCUGUCGAUUUCCGGCAAGCGGGACACAUUGUGGAUGAUGAGAUGCAUCGGAUAAUGGUCAAGCCUUUGCAACCGGGCGUGCGACUGACAGCGAUCUUUGAUUCGUGCCACUCAGGCUCUGCAUUGGAUCUGCCAUAUAUCUACUCGACACAGGGUAUCCUCAAGGAGCCCAACUUGGCUAAAGAAGCCGGCCAGGGUCUACUGGGAGUGGUAUCGGCAUACGCGCGGGGCGAUAUGGGCAGUAUGAUGUCAACAGCGGUCGGUUUCUUGAAGAAGGCUACCAAAGGCGACGAGGUAUACGAGCGCAACAAGGUGACCAAGACGAGCCCGGCGGAUGUCAUCAUGUGGUCAGGCAGCAAGGACGACCAGACCAGCCAGGAUGCUCAGAUUCAGGGACAAGCAACCGGUGCAAUGUCCUGGGCGUUUAUCAGUGCUCUCCGGAAGAACCCACAGCAAAGCUACGUGCAGUUGCUAAACAGCAUUCGAGAUGAGCUAUCGAGCAAGUAUACACAAAAGCCGCAGCUCAGCUGCAGUCACCCACUGGGUAAGUCGAUUGGAUAAGAUCCAACUGAAUUUCAUUCUGACUGGACAUAGAUGUGAACCUGCUUUAUGUGAUGUAAAUAUCUGGGCUUAUGGAUGAUUCUCUAGGGACGGGCUUUGUAUCGGAAUAGUACUGGUCUUUUACGCGGAAAUGUUCUUUUUUCUUCUAAUUUUUGCCUUGCCUUCGAAUUUUCUGUCAUCCCUGCUUGGUUUCAAAUUUUGCAUUUUUUUUUCUCCCAAAUGCGCUCUAUUUUCAUGAUUCUCUUAACUAUAUUGAUUUGCAUGGGGUGUCGGACACGGACUUGAACGGGUCGCAUAUUUUACAUGCUUCUAAUUCAUUAUUACAAAGACGGUUUUAAAUCAAACAAUCAUAUACGCGGUAACGCUCUCAUAGGUUGAUUAUAGCAGCACUUCAACAUCCAUGCCACAUGGCCUCAAAGGCACACGAGAUGCCAGCUAGCGCUGUAAUUGCCUCUCGAAACUGAUCCAACACGUUCGUAACUACUACUUCCACCUAUGACUAUGAACUGGUCCUUCGAAUAUUAGAUUCAAUAAGGAGAACAAUGUCCCGGGUGACCCGAUGAA